AUGACAAUAUUUGGCUAUCUAAACUUUCUCGUCGACCAUCGCGAUGAAUUAGGAGUAACGCUGGACAAUAUCUCGUCGCUAUUCGGUUGUAUUGAACGAAUCUAUGCGUUCAACCGAAAACUACUUCAGCAGCUGGAUUCGGCCGAUUUGGACUGUGUCAAGAACAUGCUGAAGCACUUACCUAGCACAUUGCCACCUGACGACUUUGCCGUCGUAAAGCGAGCCCAUGAGGUGAUGACAUCGCAAGCGUCACGAAUUAAUGAUGAAAAGAAACGGGCCGAACAUGCUGAGCGAGUCGAACAACUCCAGGCUGCUAUUCAGAAAUGGACUGUUGACAAGGUGAGAGACCAAAACUACCAUAACGCGAAUCUAUCAGCUUAUGGUGAACUGUUGCUAGAAGCUCAAUUUCGACAAGCUGGUUCAAAAACUAUCAGACUGCUAUUCUUGUUCGAAGAAAUGCUGUUGAUUGUAAAGCAAAGAAAUUCCAGCUAUGUAUGCAAAGAUUAUAUCAUGUCUUCCAACCUGAUGCUGAACGAAUCCAUCUGUCCAGAAGAACCUCUAGCAUUCCAAGUGCUUUCAUUUGACAAUCCUCGCACCCAUUACAUCUUUUUGGCAUCAUCAGCUGACCAGAAAAGAACAUGGAUGACCGAAUUGAAGCGAAUGAUGCUGGAUCAC